ACAUAUACAUAUCCAUUGUCCCUGAAAACCCUACAAAUAAAUUCCCACCCUCGCCUCGCCGCUCUACUCUCUGCUAGUCGGCUCUUGCAGAACUCCGCCACCAUUCAGGAUAAUCGCCUAGGCAAGACGAGACAGAAUUUCUCACCAUGAGCAAGCUACAGAGUGAUGCUGUUAGAGAGGCGAUUGGCGUAAUUAUGACCGAAGCUAAGGGUGAUAAAAAGCGUAACUUCACCGAGACUAUUGAGCUUCAGAUUGGUUUGAAGAACUAUGAUCCCCAGAAGGACAAGCGUUUCAGUGGCUCUGUUAAAUUACCACACAUUCCUCGACCCAAGAUGAAGGUUUGCAUGCUUGGUGAUGCUCAGCAUGUUGAAGAGGCAGAGAAGAUUGGUCUGGAAUAUAUGGAUGUUGAAGGGUUGAAGAAACUCAAUAAGAACAAGAAAUUGGUGAAGAAGCUGGCAAAGAAGUAUCAUGCUUUCUUAGCCUCUGAAGCAGUCAUCAAGCAGAUUCCUCGUCUUCUGGGCCCUGGUCUAAACAAGGCAGGAAAGUUUCCCACACUGGUGACUCAUCAGGAAUCUUUGGAGUCAAAAGUUAACGAGACUAAAGCAACAGUGAAAUUCCAGCUUAAGAAGGUUCUUUGCAUGGGUGUUGCUGUGGGUAAUUGUGACAUGGAGGAGAAGCAGAUCUUCCAGAAUGUCCAAAUGAGUGUCAACUUUCUUGUCUCAUUACUCAAAAAGAAUUGGCAAAAUGUGAGGUGCUUGUACCUGAAGAGUACCAUGGGAAAGCCAAAUCGCAUCUUUUGAGCUGUAUUGGUUUUGCUUUGUUUUGAAUCAGUUUAGCAAGAUUAAGAGUGUUGGCCAAGUAAUACAUUUUUCAGCGAAUGUUUCAGAUAUUUUUGUUUCCUUGCUAUGUUGAAUUGUUGGUUCUCAAAACUAAGAAUGAAAUUUUAGUUACAGUUGACCCGUUUUGGUUUAUAUAAUAUUGUAGUUCUGUUAA